AUGGAGGCGACCAAGAAUCUGGCAUCGCGACUGCGACACCGAGCCUCCCUCCGCAGGUCCAUCAAGAAGACGGCCCGACCUACAGCAGCUGACAGGACUCAGCCCAACAACAACACCGCUCCCCGCGAUGGAAUCAACGGCCAGCAGCGCCAGCAGCAGCAGGCAAUGACGCGCGAGGGCCAGAAUGCCCGCAACGGCGCCACCGCCAGCGUCGUCAAUGCCAGCGGUAUCCCUGCUGAUGCUGCUACAGACGACCCACCCACUCCUACUCUUCCUUCCCCCACCGCCGCCGCAGCCAUCUCGACGGCAGCGAGCCUCGCGACUGGCCCAGCAACUCCACCUGUGCCGAGCCCCGGGUCCGACGUGUCGCCUCUGUCGCAAGUACCGCGGGCGCUGGCUGUUAACGGCACCAGUUUUGAGAAAUCCCAAAUCGACACGGCCACCACCGGUGGAUAUUUUGCACUCGCCAAGGAGGUCGACGACGUGUCAGGCAGCAACAAGAUCACCUUUGCGAUUCCAACCAAGCCCGAAGCUGGUCUGACGGACGGGCGGGCUCAAGAACAGGAAUCCGAGUCUCCAGGACUGGAGACGGCUGUGUCGAGCGCGACACCAUCCCCCGGAGCCAGUUUGCGAGACUCGACGGACGAUGCGACGACGGAUGCAGGACAAUCCAGCACUGGCGGUAGGUCAUGA